AUGAUGAGGGCAAAUGCAAACAAAGUGAACUCAGAUUUCAGGAGAGAAAUACAAACUCUAGAAAUUUCUAAAGAAACCCUAGAUGAGAGUUCUAGAAGGGAUGUUAGGACAAUUCUUUCAUAUCAGCGUCAGUCUCUAGGGAUUCUGGAUCCCUCUUCUAGUUCUGAGUCUGAUUCUGGUGAGGACCAUGCUGAUGGCUCAGGCUCUUCUGAUGAUGGUGAUCAUGAUGGUGAUGGAGAUGGUGAUGAUGAUGGUGAUGAUGAUGGUGAUCGAGAUGGUGAUGACGAUGGUGAUGGCUCUUCUGAUGAUGGCGAGGAUGAUGGUGAUGGAGAUGGUGAUGAUGAUGGUGAUGAUGAUGGUGAUGGAGAUGGUGAUGACGAUGGUGAUGGUAAUGGUGAUGACUGA